CUGCAGUCCAAAUCGUCCCUCGUCGCCGACACUCACAUUCCGUUUACCAACGCCAUGAAGAAAGCCGCCCACCGUUCCGCCCCUCCGGCGUUCAGGACCCAGAUCAUCCGACCAAGAGGUGACCAUGACUCUGGCAUCGUCCGACCAAGAGGUGACCAUGACUCUGGCAUCAUUCGACCAAGAGGUGACCAUGACUCUGGCAUCAUCCGACCAAGAGGUGACCAUGACUCUGGCAUCAUCCGACCAAGAGGUGACCAUGACUCUGGCAUCGUCAAUAUCCUGAAACUUGAUGACGACAAUGAGGUCGUCGAGACUACGAUCGAAGUGAACCGUGCAAACGAGGCUGGUGAUACCGUUGGUCGUCAUGGUAUCUUGGAUAAAAAAACUGGCGUGGAUAAAAAUUAUCGGGGAGACCGGUCACGGGCUAUAGCAGGAGUGGGAGCCAUGUCUGGAGUCAUGGCCAUAACAGGAGCCGGAGCCAUAUCCGGGGAUGAAGCCAUAUCUGGAGCCGGGGUCAUAAAAGGAGCCGGAGAAAUAUCAGAAGCUAGAGCCUUUUCCGGAGCCAUAGCCAUUUCCGGAGCCGAUGCCACAUCCGGAACCAGUGCCAUAUCCGAAGCCGAAGACUCUGGAGCCGUAGCCAUGUCUGGAGACGAAGCCAUAUUCGUGGCCGAACCCACAAUCAAAGAUGAAAUGGAGAAGGCAAACGUUGUGUUAAAUAGAGAACAAUAUGAGAGUACGCUGGAGUUCCAAAAACAGCUGCAACAACAAAGACAAAAACAACAGCAAAAUCAACGCACAUUUGCUCCCGUACAUCUUCCCGAAGUUAUCAGAAUUAAAGACAAAAUGAAGAAGGACAAGGAAAGUGACGCGGCAACAGCGAGUUUUCUCCCUCCCAUCGUGGAAAAGCAGCAGCGCGACCGAUAUUUUUCUAAGCCACACUGGACGAAGCAUAUCUAA